AUGUUUUUCAACCUCCCCAGCCUAAUUCUCACAGUCUCUCUUGUUCUCGGCGCCGGCGCCGUACGACUAGAGAGUAAUACGAUCACAAGUAGACCCAUAAUACGUCUGAACCCUAAGUGCGAACAGAGCGACGGCAGCCCCUUGCUCUAUGAUGCCCGCAAAGCCGCCAGUCAGCUUAUUGAUUUCUCUGCCGACCGUUGCAGCGGAAUCUUCGGUAUAGAAAACAACCCCAAAGAGCUCUGCGUUACGUUGAAUUGCUUUGGAAGUGCUUGUAUUUCACGAUGUGCAUCUGAAGAGUCUACUAAAUCGAACCAGUUCGCUUGUACUAUGCUUGCGGAAUCGAUAAUGGAGGUUAUUGAGAAGCCGGCGUGCUGGACCAAGGAUCAAACAAAGGUCGGCGGGGUGAUAAGAUUGGAGGAAAGGUCGGAUAAGCAGUGGACAGAUUUGAUCAUCCAUAUUAACCCCAGACUUAACAUACUCCGUGCUAUCACCAAAAAGCGAUAUACGUAA